AUGCAGUCUCGCCUCCUCGCCCGUGAAGUCGGCGACCUACCUUGUCGCGACCUCUCGCAGAUCACUGCAUCUCAGCUGCUGCGCUCCUUCGGCCCAGCUCCCCAGCACCGCUUCAAUGGCGAGGUGAAAUUGCCGCAAAAUGAUCAGCAGACCGCGCCGGACGAGGACCGGCCGCACAGGCUGCGCGCUCACGGAGCAGGGGUGAGCAGCCUUGCCCUGGAGAAGUUUGAUGGGCGCCUCCUCGUCUCUGGCGGCGCCGACGGAUCAAUCAAGCUCUGGGACCUGGAGAGCUGCCCGGGCCCCUACGAGACGCACACCUUUCUCCCCGUAAGCUCCAUCAGCCGGUCGACUGGCGGUCCCAGGAGCGGCGGCCACAGCCAUGGCAUCACCCACCUGGCCUUUUAUCCCUUCGACCCGGAUGCCUUCCUCUCCAGCUCCUACGACAAGACGCUCAAGCUGUGGGCCACGGCAAGGUCAGCCUUGUCUGCCGAGUUUGAUCUCAAUGCCACUGUCUACUCGCACGCCUCCAGCCCAAUAGCAUCCCACCUGCUCAUCUCGUGCGCCACCCAACACUCCAACGUCCGGCUCGUAGACCUCAAGUCGGGAUCUGCCGUCCAGGCGCUCGUUGCCCAUGGCGGGCCCGUCCUCAGCACGGCGUGGAGCCCUCGCCAUGAGCACAUCCUCGUUAGUGGCCAUGCAGACGGCAAGGCCCGCAUAUGGGACAUUCGCCGUGCUGGUGGCGUUAUUGCGCAGCUCGACCAGGAGGACUCGCUGGGCAUCGUGCACCGCUUCAAGCACGCCACGGCGUCUGGGUCUGAUUGGGGCAGCAUGCCGCAUUUUCGUGCCUCAGCCCAGGCCCACGACGAGGCCGUCAACGGGCUGCAAUGGACCGACGAUGGCAGGUACAUUGUGUCGGCUGGGCUUGACCGCCGCAUCAGAGUGUGGGAUACUGAUACGGGAGCUAAUACGCUUGCCAGCUUUGGAUCCAUCGUGCAGAACCAGCACGCUAAGACUGCAAGUUUCCUGGUAACCCCCUCAGGUCUCUCAACCGGUCAUCAGCUUCUUGUCUGGCCCAAUGACCAGGAAAUCCUCCUACUGGAUCUCCACGACGGGACCGUUGUUGGACGCCUGCGGAGCCCAGGCUCGACGCACUCCACGGGUGCCCGUGGUUCGGAAAUGGGACGCAACCGCAUCACAAACAUCGCGUGGCGUAGUGCAGGGGGUGGCAUUGGCCAGGCUGGACCCGUCAUGGGCGGUGGCAACUCAAUAGGAGCCAUUUAUAGCUCUCAUCUGGACGGGCAAAUACGAGCCUGGAUGCCGCAGCUCCCUGGGCCGGAAGAUGCGGACGAGGACGAGGUGCUUGGCGUGGACGAAGAGGUAAAGCAGAGAAAGAGGAAAGCCAUCGAAAACGCAUAUAGAAGCCUCAUGGGCAAGGAGAUUACGUUUACUUGA